GCUCUCGAUGAUUCAUAAUAUUUUUAUGGAAACCUGAUCCUAGUGGCAAAGUGAAGUAACAUGGAGGACGAUGAAGAGGUUCUGACAAAUCCGACUGAAGAGGCAAACAGCAGUGCUGUUAAUAAACUGUCACCUGAGCAUAUUCUGGCUGACAGUUGUCAACUUGUAGCAGACUCGCUUGGAGUAGAAUUGCUACAGAGGAAAGCAGCCAGCCACUUAUCGAGAGAGGUUAUUUUCAAAGUAAAAUUGGCGAUUCAGCAUGCCGAACGAUUCCGACGCAAAGCAAAACGAAGUAGAAUGAGUCCAAAAGAUAUAAAUGAUGCACUGAUGCUUCAAAGUGGUGAGGGGCAAAUGGGAAUCACCUGCAAAGAUUUUGUUCCAUUGAAAGGUGCUACUGGAGUAAAAAGCUCAAAUGAUAUUUAUGUUUGCGACGAGGAAGAAAUAAAUCUCAACGAAAUUUUGCAAUCAUCCCUUCCCAAGUAUCCAGCUGAAUGCCACAUGAAGUGCCAUUGGCUUGUUGUAGACGGAAAACAACCCUCAGUUCCUGAAAAUCCACUCAUGGUCGAUCGACCAAAGCAGAUGAAAGCAUCUUUAAGCACUCCAACUGUUUCGCAUGGAACAAGUGCUCAGAACGGAAAUUCCGCAGCAAGGAAAGCCAAUGCAUCCAAUGCGAAUAGUAGUGCUCCUCAAACAAACGCUACACCAGGUGCUGUAAAAACGAAACCAGUUCGCUUUCACGAAUUGUCUCUUGAACAACAACUUUAUUUUAAGGAAAUCACAGAGGCGUGUAUGAAUACGAACGAGGAAAGAAAGUCGGAGGCGUUGGCGUCUUUGUCUACUGAUCCUGGGCUGCACGCGUUACUUCCCAGAUUUUCAGCCUUCAUCACCCAUGGAGUGCGAUUGAAUGUUCUUCAUCGAAGUCUUGCAAUACUUAUUUACCUCAUGCGAAUGCUGUCUGCACUUCUGAACAACCCUAAUAUUUCACUCGAAAAGUAUCUACACGAACUUGUACCCUCAGUGUUCACGUGUAUUGUAAACCGUCAGCUGGUCGAUCAACAUUGGGCUCUAAGAAGCUUCGCUGCUAAAUGUUUGGCCAUGCUUUGUCAAACCUAUUCGAACAAUGUAAAUAACCUGUUGCCGAGAUCGGUCAACAUUCUGAAGCAAGCGUUGUCUGAAAUGCAUACGAUUGGGUUCCCGACUUUGUACGGAGUCGCGUGUGCACUCGGAGAAUUGGGAAAUGACACUAUUAAAUCGGUGCUCAUACCGCAGGGGAAGUCUCUUGGAAUUUUGAUUCAAGAUACGCUCCAGCAAUGCGCAAGGAGAGAACACCAGCAGCAGCAAAGUUUGGCCGCUGGUGCUAACAACGGCUUGUAUGAUUCAGCCGAUGACGCAAUGCUCAAAAAAGGUGCUCAGGAACUACAGACUAAACUGACGAAGGUGCUCGCUGCGUUCAUCGUAGCCGAAAUGACCGACCUUACUGAGUUCAAUGACUUCAAGGCUCAUUUUGGAUAUUUGGGUGCAGUGAUUUACAACGAAGUGACAAGGCUGCGACAGAACCAACAGCAAACUCAGUCAGCUGCAGUCUCAUACGUGUCUCCCAUUGCUCUCAGAAUGUCUCCAGGGACGUCGCCAAAUCCGAACCAGACCAUGCAGAGACACAACGUCGGAGUCACUUCUCAACAUCAGAUGCGAGGUGUGCCAAGAGUGGCCAUGCAGCAAGGAGGAAUGAUGGUGCAAGGUCGACACAUGAUGCAGUCGCCACAGACAAAUUACAUCAACAGUCAGACACUUCCUAGACACCCUCAACAGACCUUCGUAAAUGGAUCCAUGACGUCACCACCUGACUCCAAGGACUUUCAGAUUAGUCCUGCAAACCCUAACGCCCACUUCAUGGCUCAGCAGCAAGCCAUGAUUUCGCCCCAUCAGGGACAUCACAUGCAGCACUCUCAGAUCAGCCCAAAUGGCGCCCAAUUUGUGACCACAUCAAAUCAUCAGCAGAAUUAUCCAUAUAGCCAAAAUCGCUGAGAGGAGAUUUGAAUGGAGUAAUUGGUUGUGUGUAACAGAAGUGGUUUCUGACUCUGCAAUUAUACUCAGUUUUUGACUUUUUUUCUCAGGAAUCAGACUGAUUUGGAUACUAGACAUGGGAAAAAAGUAACCGAUUAACUAUAUCAGUGUUUAACCCAUCGAUUUUGCUGGCGGUUCUGGUUUUUGAAUAACUUUAUUCCUGUAUAUUUUUAAUAACUAGAAUUGAGCAGGGAAUAAUUUAUGCGAACAUGCAGAAUAAUCUUAAUGCUUCAACGCAUAUUACAACAGCUCUACAGGAGAGCAAGGUAACAUAAUCAGGGAAGCCUAAAAAUACACUGGUUCAUUGAAAAACACUGUUAAUCAUAAUUUAAUAAAACUGGAUUCAUCAUAAAUUAAUAAAACUGGAUUCAUGCAAUUUAAGGAGGGUUUGAAAUUGAAAAUUAAUAAAACUGUCCUUGCAACACAAAAUCUUCGUUUUGAUCACGCAUUCACGUCACCACCGUCACCCUUUUUAAUUUUAUUGUUUAUAUAGUUUGUUUAAAACUCAUUUGUGUUUUGGCUUUAAAAGUCGAUGAACGUGUGGUGAUUUUUUUUGCUCGGGAGAAAGGCAAAUUUGUUCAAUCUCAAAUUUACCUUUUCGCAGUUUGA